AUGGCCAUACGCUGGGCAGAUUGUAGGCUCAAGUAUGACGAAGCAGUCGACAUUUUGGCGGGAUCGGGUAUCAUGAAGAAUCAAGAUUUCGAUGGGAUGACGGCGCAAUGGGACGAUAAGCCUUCGCAGGUCUAUUAUGAGUUUAAAAGCCAACAGCAGCCGAAUUUGAUUUGGCGCGUUGGUAUGAACACAAGAAAUGUUGAUUUCAAGCCAAAUGAAGCCCCGAAAGCCGUGAGCGAUGCCGAUGGAGGCGUUAAAGGAGACUUUGCAGAUCCGUCAUGGUUCGAUACGCUUGCUUCGGUAGAUGGCAAAGAUGUUGAUAGCGAAGGUGUAGCUGCGGCAUAG